UCCAUGACCAACGGAGAAAUCUGGCUGGUGUCGGCCAUCAGCGUUGAGCGGUUCGUCGCCGUCUGGUUUCCGUUUCAGGUUGCCAGGAUUUUCACGCCGCCCAGGGUCAAAGGUAUUGUGGUCGCCGUCGUGCUGCUGACGCUGGCCGUCAUGUCACCCGCUGUCUUCACUUUCACCUACGCGUGGGUCUACGACGAGACGCUCAACGCCACUGUCGCAAAACUGCUCUUGACGGAUUUUUAUAAGUCCAAUUACGACGCGGUGAACUUUGUGUGCUACGUAGUGUACAACAUUGCUCUAAACGGGAUUCCCUGGUUGCUGGUGGUGUUCUGCGGAAUUUCUACUGGAAUAAAAGUUGUGCACACUGGGAAUCUCCGAAAACGGCUCGUGCGGGUCAGAGUUCGAAACGGGAAAACUCCUACCGGUUCCAAGAAAUCGCACAGGGACAAUGCCAAUUUGGACUUGAGGGUUGUCAAAAUGUUGGGUCUCGUCGGGUUAUUUUCUACCAUCGUGUUUGUGCCCACCAUGCUGCUGGAUUUGUAUUCCUAUUACGUGCCGAACUUCAUCUACCAGUCCAAGCUCUACUCGGCUCUCGUCAUCUGCAUCGACCUGCUCUACACGCUAAACGCGUCCGGGAAUUUCCUGAUCUAUGCUAGCGUCUCCAACAAGUUCUUCAAGACGUACCUGGCCAUAUUCCGUCAGUGCCGAGUUAUGAAGUAG